AUGUGCUUGAUAGUGCGAUGUCGAGCCUCCCAACCCAAAACUGCUCCGGGCGAUGGUCUUGAACGGGGAUGGGUUUCUCGGCUUAUUUCAUUCUUGUUAAUUUGUCGUUUCGGACACUGCGCCGUUUCCCUCCAGUGCUCACUACAUACACGACUACUUGUACAUGUAAAAACAGAAAUUACUGUUACUGUUAAUUUUAGUGUUCCAUUACAUCCAAGUCGCAAACCCUCCCGGGAUCCUUUUCCCGAGCGUCCACAAUUACGUCUCGCGUUUGCGCUGGCCCAACCACCCGAAAUGGUCAACUUUCAUUCGACGAGAAUACCUUAUGGAGUAGCGGCUUUUCUUUGCUUACAUCAGAUUACCGGCGCCUUUCAGGUAUCAUACGGUAAUCGACGUUGGACUAGGCAAUCUACCGUCGUGCCGAAUAGCCCGGAACGCAGAGUAACUCUUCGCGUUCCUUAUUCGCGAUCGACGGUCCAACGUCUGCCGACGCCACUGCUACAGACGUACAGUGACGACGUCCUUUAUGAUGAGGACGGGGACGAAGAACCUCCGUUUCAGGCAACAACGGACUUGGUCGUCAAGGAAACGAGCUUGGUGUUGAAGCGGGUUUCGUGGUUCUCGUGGUGGUCCCAAAUCAUUCUCACUACGGUGUCGGCCGUCAUCUUGUCCUUCUCCCGAAGUGUGGUGGGACGGAAUGCCACGGUGGGACCCGUCCCGUCCUUUCUCCUGUCCGGCGCUGGUGUCCUGAUAUCCGCAUGUUCCAUCAUUUGGACCUGGGGCAACGGUGCCCGUUUGUCCCGUAGACUGCUACGACGCCCAACAACCCGGUCGCAAGCGGCCGAUAUGUUCCGACGCGCCGUCCGGGUUGGCGUCACACUCAAUCUGAUUGGACUCCUCGUUACUCUUUUGGCGGCGGAAGAAAUAGUCGGCGCCUUGGCCAUCAAGGUUCUCACCAAUCGCAACUUUGGUCCACAAGCCGCGCUACUCGGGUCGGUUGAAGGACAACUACAACCUUUGGAUAUUCUUGUCGUACAAGCCAAUACCAAUACCUUGUUGAGUCACUUUUGCAGUCUCGUGAGCUUGUUGUAUCUGAGUGACAAGAUUCGCCAAUUGGGUUUGCCGCCGUCGACCGCGGAGGUGCCCCGGCAGCGCAAACCGUGAGUAGCCUCGAACACUGGCAAAUUCCUCUCUUGUUUUGAGUACGAGCUAGCUCUCCAGAACCAAUACGACUACGCAUGCAUACUGUUAGAGUAUAAGCUACCUCUAAGUAUGCGCACUGUUUCC